GUCACCUACCUGUGCUGGCGAGUUCCAAGGUUGCAACCAGUCGAGCAGUCGGUGCUGAAAUACUCUCCAUCCCGCAUUGCUUCACAUCGAUUAUUCGACAAUGGCCGACGCGACGAUAAGAAGCCUGCGGGAGAGCCUGUGCUCGCAGGACACGCCCCUUGCGGUGCAGUUCCGAGCGCUUUUCUCACUAAAGCAUCUUGCGACUACCUCCGAAGACAGCGCCUCUAUCGCCGCGAUUGAAGCCAUUGCCGCCGGUUUUGCAUCGCCUUCGGCGCUGCUCAAACAUGAGCUGGCAUACUGCCUGGGUCAAACAAAGAAAGACGCUGCAGUGAAACCCUUGCGCGAUGUUUUGUCCGAUCUACAAGAAGACCCCAUGGUCAGGCAUGAGGCUGCUGAAGCCCUGGGUGCUUUGGGCAAGGUCGAGAACCUGGAUAUCCUCAAGCAGUUCCGCGAUCGCAAGGGCGAGGAUAUUGCAGUGAAGGAGACAUGUGAAAUCGCCAUCGAUCGGGUAGAGUGGGAAAACUCGCCAGAGAGACUACAAGAACAGUUGCGACAGAGCGACUUUGCCUCCAUCGAUCCCGCGCCGCCCAUGCCCGAAUCCGAGAGGAGCGUCGGCGACCUUGAAAUGGUACUUAUGGACGUGGAACAGCCUCUGUUCAAGCGCUAUCGCGCCAUGUUCGCCCUGCGCGACCUGGCGUCACCGCCAGACUGCCCAACUGCUGUUCCUGCGGUCCUUGCGCUCGCCCAAGGCUUCAAGGACGAGUCUGCACUGUUCCGUCAUGAAAUUGCCUUUGUGUUUGGCCAGCUGUCGCACCCAGCCUCAAUACCCGCGCUCACGGCAGCGCUCAGCAACGUGAAUGAGGCGAGCAUGGUUCGGCACGAGGCAGCUGAGGCUCUCGGCGGGCUCGGUGAAGAGGAUGGCGUUGAGGAUACCCUGAAGAGCUUCCUUCACGAUAAAGAGAAGGUUGUGCGCGACAGUGUUAUUGUUGCUCUGGACAUGGCAGAGUACGAGAAGAGUGGUGACGCAGAGUACGCCCUGAUCCCUGCGGCUGCCGCUGCCUCUGCCUGAGCGAAUGGUCGUUUAUAUAGAUUCCAUAGAUGAGAGCCCUCUCAGUUGUUCUCGUUCCAUCUACA